UUUUGGUCUGGUGGUGUGAUGUCAUAAGGCUGCGCCUUAUCCCAGUGUCUGAUUUGGCUGAAGAAAGAAAAACACCUGGUGAAGUGACUGAGAUCCGUGUAAAACACUAUUAUAAAAAUGCUGUUUAUUAAAGAGGAGAGUGAAGACAUGAAGAUUGAAGAAGUAUUCAGUGUGAAACAAGAAGAAACUGAGGAACAAACAGACCUAAUGGCACUGAAAGAGGAGAGGGAAGAACUCAAUGCAGAAAAAGAUCAAUAUGAGAAUCUUGAUGAUUUUAUUCCUGGAGAAAAAUCUUUGAAAUGCUCACAGACUGAAAAGACAGGAACUAGAAGUUAUUUUACUUGCAUUCAGUGUGGAAAGAGUUUUAAUCGACAAGGAAACCUCAAAGUCCACAUGAGAAUUCACAAUGGAGCGAAGAGUGGAAAGAGUUUCAAUCAAGACGAAAGCCUUAAAGUUCGAUCGAGAGUUAACACUGGAAAGAGUCCCUUCCCAUGCCAACACUUUGAACACAGUUUCACUGAUAAAGGUAGUCUUACGAGGCACAAGAGAAUUCACACUGGAAAGAAGCUUUUCCCAUGCCCUCAGUGUGGAAAGAGAUUCAGUCAACAUGGAAAAUUUGAAGUCCACAUGAGAAUUCACACUGGAGAGAAACCUUUCACCUGCCAACAGUGUGGAAAAAGUUUCAACAGAAAAGGAAACCUUAAUUAUCACAUGCGAGUUCACACCAGAGAGAGACCUUUCACUUGCAAACAGUGUGGAAAAGGUUUCAACAGAAAAGGACACCUUAAUGACCACACGAGAGUUCACACUAGAGAGAGCCCUUUCACUUGCAAACAGUGUGGAAGAAGUUUCACUCUUGAAGGAAGCCUUAACAGGCACAUGAGAAUUCACACUGGAGAAAAGCCUUACACAUGCCAACAGUGUGGGUGGAGAUUUGCUCGACAUGGAAACCUUAACAGGCACAUGAGAACUCACACUGGGGAGAGCCCUUAUAUAUGUCCUCAAUGUGGAAAGAGAUUUUCUCAACAUGGAAGCCUUACUGUCCACAUGAAAACUCACACUGGGGAGACCCCUUUUACGUGCCCACAGUGUGGAAAAAGUUUCACUUGUAAAAUAAGUCUUGUCAGGCACAUAAGAAUUCACACUGGAGAAAAGCCUUACACGUGCCCUCAGUGUGGAAAAAGUUUCACUUGUAAAAUAAGUCUUGUCAGGCACAUAAGAAUUCACACUGGAGAGAAGCCUUACACCUGUCAACAGUGUGGAAAGAGUUUCACUCAAAAAGAACACCUUGAAGGCCACACAAGGAUUCACCAGAGAAAGAACUAUUAAAUGUCAUAUCAAAGAUUAAAUGAAAAUUUGCUUCUCCCUUGUAAUAGAAGGGUUUUCUGAAUUAUACAUAUGAAGAACCAAUCAAAUUGUAGGAAAAUUAUGUAAUGAAUCAUGUCACCUGCCAUGCUCCUAUUCUAUAAAAUCUCUUGUAUUCUUGGUGGGAUUCUCUCUGAAAUUGGUCUGAGAUCCUCUGGCCGUGAUGAUUAAAGCAUAUUCAAAGGCA